AUGCUGGCCAAACUCGAUUUUAUUCACCUAGCCUCUAUGGCUCUUGGGGUUGUGAUUCUAUAUAUCACAUAUACGAUUGUCUGCGCCCUCCUCGAUCCUCUCCGUUCUAUCCCAGGCCCGUUCCUUGCACGAUUCACAAGAUUCUGGUUGGCAUACCAGAUCUGGAAGGGCGAGUUUCAGUUCGUUAAUAUUGCGCUGCAUAAGCAGUAUGCAAAUAUAGUUCGAAUUGCGCCGGGAAACUGCAGCGUUGAUGAUCUUGAUGGAGCGAGGGUUAUUUAUGCUCAUGGAGGUGGUUUCACCAAGGGCUCUUGGUAUUCCGCGUGGACACCAAAUCAAGACCAUCCCUCCUGUUCGCAGAUCUGA